UCGGAACUGUUUUGCACAUCCCUAGAACAUACACAACAUUUUCUCUGUGCUUUUCAUAAUAAAUUGAUUUCAUUUUUAAUUUAACUACCUAGUUUUAUUGGAAUAUACAUUUUCUAAAAUGGGUGAAAGAUAUAAUAUACACAGCCAAUUAGAGCAUUUGCAGAGCAAGUAUAUCGGUACCGGACAUGCGGAUACAACAAAAUUUGAAUGGCUAACUAAUCAACAUCGCGAUUCCCUUGCUAGUUAUAUGGGACAUUACGAUAUGCUGAAUUAUUUUGCAAUUGCUGAAAAUGAGUCUAAAGCGCGCAUUCGAUUUAAUUUGAUGGAGCGUAUGUUGCAGCCGUGUGGACCGCCACCAGAAAAGGCCGACGAUUAAAAAUUAGUUGCCAAAAAUGGUACUGUAAUGUGUCAACUAGGAAGUUUAAUUUUCUAAAAUAAAGUAAAUAUUGAUUUGUAUAUAAGAGAAAA